AGCAAGUGUCAACUUUUGAUGAUAUGUCUCGAUUUGCAAUCUCCAUUAUCUGGUAUUACCCGUAACUGUCGCGUGCUGCACGGGGGAAACAGUGAGAGUGCUACACGCAACUGUAGCGGGAUUAGAGGAGCCUGAGAAUGGCACCGACCGAUUUAACGAACAUUCAAGCAAUAAAGUUGACACGUUUUUUCAUGAGAUUUACCGGUUUCUGGAUUUCUGGUAAUCCGCGUGGUAAACUUUUCAUGGAUCUCAUGACGGGUUAUACGAUCAUAGCGAUUAUAAUCGCUUGGUAUCUAGUCACAACGGAUCUGUGGUACUCACGAUCAGAUUUCCAUCAAGCAACAUACACAGCCUGCAACAUGAUGACAGUUCUGACAAUAGUCAUCAAGCUAACUACGUUCUCGUUACGGCGAAAAGAAUUUAUGAAACUUAUUCAGUACUGCUACGACAACUUCUGGAAAACUGAUUACGAUGAGGAGGAUGUAGGGAUUUUGCACAAUUGCGAGAUCCGAUGCGUUUUUUUCGUGGAGACGUUUACCUUUUUCGCCCUGACUACAGUCUGUACAUACGCCGCAUAUCCGAUUAUCGCGAAUAUUGGAAGAAAUGAAACUGACAGGAUUCAUCCGUUCACUAUUUGGCUAGACUUCCCGGCAACCACGACACCGUACUUUGAAACGAUUUUUGUUGUUGAAAUAUUUGCGUGUUUUCACUCAGGCGUUUGUUACUUUUGCUUCGACAAUUUCUUAUGCAUCGUAAAUGUGUUCACUGCCGGUCAAUUCCGUAUAUUACAAAGAAAAUUGAGGCUUGUACGCUACGCGUACGGAUUUGAAUCACAAAGCAAUUCCUUCACGGAUCUUUCCUCGUGCAACGGAUACAACGAAUUUUCAAAAACAACACCGGUUGAGAAGCGGUAUAAAUCCAGAGAGACAUUGAAGGACUGCAUUGAGAAGCACCAAGCUCUCAUUGCUUUCACUGAGUCGGUUGAAAAUAUGUAUACACUGGUUAUACUUGGCCAGGUUGUCAUAUUCAGCCUCCUCAUCUGUCUCGUGAGCUAUCAGGCUGUUUUGGCUGAUGGCGAGUUUUCGAGACGAAUGAUCUUCAUUGUGCACAGCGCUGGAACGUUCACCCAACUGUUUAUGUUCACGUUGACCUGCGAUGAUUUGAUACGAGAAAGUCAAGCAGUUGCCGAAGCUGCUUAUUCCGCCCGCUGGUACUACUGUCUCUCUGAUCCCUCUCGCAGGACGCUCGGAAAGGAUCUCAUGUUCGUCAUUAUGAGAGCGAGACGGCCCUGUUGCCUUACCGCCGGUGGCUUUUGUCCGAUCUCUUUGGAAACAUUCACAACCAUAUUGAGUUCAGCAAUGUCUUAUUUGACUUUAUUGAGGAAUGGCCAAAAUACCGAUUAGCAGUGUACUCUCUCAAUGCUAACCGAGUGUUCUGAAAAAUGGUAUCCCUGAUCGUCUUUGUCCGAUACCAUACUGAGUUUCGAUCGAGCGACUGCAUAUACGAAAUAAUAAAAUAGAAAUUAAAAAUACAAACGUACCAUUCACUUUUUUAUAUAACGCAACCACGUUUUCCUCGCUUUUCGAGCCUGCCAGCGGUACGCAAAGUAAGUGUUUU